UAGUACGUCCUCGAUAAUUCUGUAGAUUUUUUCUGACUUUGCUAUGGGAAAGGAUUUCUAUGCUGUCCUUGGACUUUCAAAGGGCUGUUCUCAAGAGGAAAUUAAAAAAGCUUACAGAAAAUUAGCUCUAAAAUGGCAUCCUGAUAAAAAUCAAGAUAAUAAAGCCGUGGCCGAAGAAAAAUUUAAAGAAAUAUGUAAUGCCUUUGAAGUUUUAUCCGAUCCGAAAAAAAAAGAAAUAUACGAUAAAUUUGGAGAAGAGGGAUUAAAAGGGGGAAUGGGUGAAGGUUUUCCUGCAGGUGCUGGGGGAGCUCAAUUUCACUUUACCGGCUUUAGCAAUCCCGAAGAAAUUUUCAAGCAAUUUUUUGGCGGAAGGGAUCCCUUUUCUUUUGCAGAUUUAGGCGGAGGGCAGGGGGGUAUUAAUAUAGAAUUUGAUAACGAUUUUGGCCCUUCUCGAGGCGGCCAUCAUUUUAGCUUUUUUCAAAAGCAACAGCGGCCUUCUAAGAAACAAGUAGAGCCUGAAGAACAUAAACAGAACAUCGAAGUUACUCUUGAAAAUCUUUACAGCGGAUGCAAAAAAAGCUUAAAGUAACUCGAAGAGUACAGAAUCCCUCCACGGGACAAAUAAGUAACGAGCAAAAACUGGUAGAGAUUGAUGUCCAACCCGGCUGGAAAGAAGGCACCAAGCUAACUUUUCCCGGUUAUGGCGAUGAAGUUAACGGCAAGCCCGCCCAGAAUCUUGUUUUUGUAAUUAAACAAAAGCCGCAUGCAACAUUUACUCGCCUCGGCGAUGAUUUGGAGUGCGAAGUCACAAUUCCUUUGAAAACUGCAAUGUUUGGCGGAGUCGCCACCGUUUCUCUUAUUACUGGUCGGUCUCAGAAUAUUCAAAUUAGACCUAUUAUGCAGCCGGGAACUGUUCUCACGCUACCCGGCUUGGGCAUGCCCAUAAAAGGAACUGCAAAUAAAGGAAGUUUGAAAGUCAAGAUCAACGUGAAACUUCCUACGGGUUUAUCCGCCAAUCAACUUACGGGCCUCAGACAAAUUUUAUAGAUUUUUAACGAUAAAAUUAAUGUUUAUAAAAAAGUCUUCUCAGAUUAAUCGUUUUUUA